AUGGCUCCCCAAGCUCCUUUUGAAGUCUACUUCAACCAAGAGAGCAAUAUCGUCCUCCACAGCCGCCGCAAGUUAUCGUACCCCUCAGGCAUACCACUAAGCGCGACUUGCACGAACGUGGCGUUCGAGGUAGACCCUAUUGACCUACAAAGCGUCGACACUGCCGAGUGGGUGGACGUUCUUCAAAGUUCUGGCUCCCUCGAUGUCCUCGACAUCGACACGCUGACUGCACUCAACAUCAACCAUGUGAUAACUGACAACAAGUACUGGUUUGUUGACACUCAGCUGAAACGCUCUCAGCGCGCAACUGAGGAUGCCGCCCCUGAUAUCAAGGAGUUCUACCUAGGGACUGAGCACUUUAUCGAGGUCCGCACUCCCGAUGAACUUGAGCCUAAAGACUCCAACUUCCCUCCCAUCGCCUCAGUGUUCACUCUCGUUACAAGCUGA